GUUGGUUGGUGUUGGUGAUUUUUGGUACGUCAGACGGUGGUCAGACGUCAGUCGGUGUUAAAAAUUUUACAAUGAUUUUCCAAAUUUUCCCAAUUUCUUUAAUAUUUCUUAUAUUUCCUUUUAUAAUAAGUGCACAAUCACAGUGGAAUACGAGAGAUUUUAUGAAAAGGGAACAUUCACUAAUAAAACCAUAUUAUGGUUCGGGAAUAGAUAUCCCUUUUUGGCAGUUUACGGGAACUACAAUAGUCACCCCCAACUAUAUCAGACUCACAGAUGAUUCACAAAGCCGAAGUGGAGCAAUUUGGAACACUGUGCCCGUAAAUAGUAGAAAUUGGGAUAUACAAGUUCAUUUUAAAGUACAUGGUAAAGGUAAAGAUUUAUAUGGGGAUGGUUUUGUUAUUUGGUAUGCAAAAGAUCAUCUUAUAGACGGACCUGUUUUUGGCAGCAAAGACUACUUUCUAGGUCUAGCAGUUAUUUUAGACACCUACAGUAAUCAUAAUGGCCCUCACAAUCAUCAACAUCCAUAUAUUUCUGCUAUGAUAAAUAAUGGUAGCUUAUCUUAUGAUCAUGACAGAGAUGGAACUCAUACACAGUUAGCUGGUUGUGAAGCUAAAUUUAGGAACUAUGAUCAUGACACUCACAUUUCAGUGAGAUAUGAAAAAGAUGUUUUAACAGUUUCCACUGAUGUAGAGAACAAAGCUGCUUGGAAAGAAUGUUUCCAAGUAAAAGGAGUAAAAUUGCCAACUGGCUAUUACAUUGGAGCUUCUGCUACAACUGGUGACUUGUCAGACAGCCAUGAUAUCAUGUCUGUCAGGUUUUUCGAAUUGGAUUUAGAUAAUGAUGAGGAUGCAGCUGAAGAUAGAUCCAAAAUAAUUCCAUCAGCUUCCUACUUUGAAGCACCCAGAGAACACAUAGAUGAUCCUAAACCUGGAAUGUCUGAACAGAAAAUUAAAAUAUUAUCCGUCGACAACAUUAGACCAUUACCAAAAGUAGCCCCCAGAAAAACAAAUGAAAAGUUUCGACUAGAUAAAUCCAGAAUGUAUACAAGCAUACCGGAGAAGGAAAGAAUUGGAAAUAAUGAGAAAACAAAAAAUUAUGCCACGCAUCAGGGCACGCACGACCAACAACAGGUCAUACUCUGCCGAACUAGUAAAGCAAGCAGUCCAAGAAGUUCUGGAAAAAGGUAG